CGGAAGUGAUUGUACGAGCUAGCUGCGGCUAUUUGGAAUUGGACACUCGUGUACUAAGCCUCAAAUUACAUUAUUUACCAUGCACCCUGCUUGACAGCUUCUUAUUUGUACUGAUGUCCAGUCUCUGUUUCCAGUCUCGUCUUUAUUUGGUACCGACGCAGCUUGUUUGUGCCUAGUUUUUCUUUCUUUCCGGUGUUUACGGGGCAAGAUGGUUUUGUCAACAUCACAACAAGUCGCCUUAGCAUUCACGGGCGUGCUUUUCACGUUUGUCGUCUUGCCACGAAUAUUCGGCGUUGGAGGUGGCUCAGCUGUGAAAGAAACGAAAUUCGAACACCGUUACAACAGAAGAGGCCCGGGCCCUGGUGCAGCAAAAGGCCAACCCAUCAAUGUGAAUGCCCCCGGCUCACAUCAAACUCCUGAGAGCAUCCAGCAGAUGAAGAAACGCAUGGAACAGGAGCUGAAGAAUGACAAAUUCAAAUCCAACAACAACAAAGGCUAUGUGUUCACACUGAUGCCUCUUUAUGCCAUUGGAGUGGGAGUGUUUGCAGCCUAUAAAUUUUUGAAGAUAAGGUCUUCAGAUGACAAGGCACAGAAGGAGAAGUUCUCAAAAGGGGCCAAAAAAUCCGUCGAGGCAGAGAACCAGUUAAGUGAGUUGGAACAAAGGUUGGCGCAGACAGAAAGGAUGCUCAACUCCAUCCUCACCCAGCUGGAUCCGAUCACGAACUGUGUUAAGUCAGUAGCCCAGGACCAGAAAAAUGAGAUUAUGUCCCAGCUCCAGACAAUCCGAUACUUGAUGAAGAAGAGAGGAAUGGACUGUCCGCCCCUGAACGUCAACGAGCCUUCAUAUAAACGUAACCUGGACGACCUCAUUGAGUCUCUUGGUGCUAGCGACUCUUUGGCAGCAGAGGACAAUCAGCCCUCUUUAGAGACGGCAAAGUCUACCGACACAGUGUUCGAAAGGCUUUCAGGUGACGAACACGACAGCCAAACAGAAGAUGAAAAGAUGAAGAAACUCAGACCUGAAGAACCUGAAGGGGAAACAGCAGCCGAAGGAACGAAUGUCGAGGCAGAUGAUGAAGAAGGGCUCGUGGUGCCUUUAGAAGACUUGUGUCAGACAAACAUUGAGGAAAUUGGCGCUGGGGAGCCUGCAACCAACCUCAGGCGCCGCAACAGACCAGAAUAACCUCCCUGCAGGACUCACUGUAGAAUAUGUGUCCGAAUAUUAUGAAUAUUUAUUUUCUCAAACGCACUCAUUCCAUAAAGUAGUUGGCAUAUUAUUUUUAAAAACUGUAAUGCAUUCAUUCAAUAAGACAAGAAAGUUAUCUAACAGAAAAAAUAUAAUAGAUCCUUUUUGUGUUCCAUACACAAAGGUCAGCAGUGGAAAUACCCAAAGUCACUGAUGGUGUUGUGAAAGUCAGAAAAGUUUAAUUUCCUGUUAGAGAAAAGUUAGUGAAGGGAAUCUCAUUUGAAUGAAAGGAUAUGUGCAAAUAGGUGACAGCAUGAAAGAUUUCUACAAGGACGCUUUUCUGAUUUCAAAACUCAAAAAAUCCCCCUCAGUCACGGAAAUUUAUACAAACUGUUGGUUGACGUUGAACCCCAGCAUAGCAAACCUACAGCAGUCUUUGUGUGGGCAUGGAAAUAGAGCUAGGAUAAUCGUUACUCCUUAGUGGUUGCUUAUUUUAUAGAAAAAAAAGAUGAUCCAAUCGUUUUUUGCCAGUUAAAAUAACAAAGAAAAACAUUUUAAAUAUCUAAAAGAAAAGAUCUUGACAAACGUCUUGCAGCACUAAUUUUAGAUAUUAGUUUUGCAGAUUGUCUGUGUUAUGUGACGUUAAUAACAACUUGAGUCACCCUGGGGGAUGUAUGCUUGUGUAAACCAGACUGUCUCUGCAUUUGAACCUUGUACCAUCAUAGAUUCACACCACCUUGCUUUUGGAGUGGCAAGAAUCCAUUAGGUUUUUGGAGGAAAAGAGCCUUGACAGUCUCUUUGAACUCUUACUAUGGAAAAAGUGUGCUCCCAUUUUCUAUUUCAAAUAUUCUCUCUAUUCUGAUUCUGAAGGGAUUCACAGACGCUGCUGGAUGAUAUUCAGAUUUCAGAAUAUAAUGUCAAGGAGGUUGGAACAUGAGCUUGUGGCAUAUUGUUUAUACGUUGAAACAUACCUAACAUAAUUUUUGUGUUUGUUAACAUUGUGACUGCAUGAAAAUGACAAUCAUUCACUGAACCACAGAUGGAAUCUAUCUUCUUUUAAUUAGUUGUCAAUCAUUUACCACGUCACCGUUACUUUGUAUUUUCAUAUAAUAGUUGUGAGGUCACCUGUGAGGCGUUUAAAGCAGAUGUUAGUAACUAUACAAGUACAGCAUGAAUACUGAAACACGGCAAUUAUCCCAUUAAAUCUAGCAGUCAUCGUAACCUUAAGCCCUUUGUAAUAGAAUUGAUCUUGUAAUGAUGUGGGAUCAAAUCAUUACACAUUGCAGGAUAAUGAUAAAAGUGAGAGGGUAAUUAAUAACCGAUUAUUUUUAUCGAUGAAGUUAGGUGUACGUUUGCCAUAUAUUGUCACUUUUGCCCUCGAAAUUGUGAUACACGCCUUUGAUCAAUUUAUUUGAUCAGUAAUUUGUAUCUUUGUUUUUGGCUAUGUGCAGUCUUAACUUGCCUGUAUCAAAUGUUGUGUGUUUCAAGUGGGGGCUGAGUGAACAACUCAACUUGCCGUAGUAGACAAUAAAAUAAGAUAAAGAUAAAUAAAACAGCUC